GGGUAGGGCGUAGGGGGAGAGAGCACUGGCUUGUGUGUAAUGUGUGUAUGUAGAGCAGUGGUCCCCAAACUUUGCAGGGUUGUGCCUCCCCUUACCCCUGUCUGCCCCUUCUCCCGAGCCGGCCGGGUUAAGGGGGCCGUGUGGGGGUGGCGGAGCAGAGCCAUGGUUAGGGCCGUGGUUAGGAGCAGAGCUGGGGCCCGAGGUGGAGCGGGGCUGGGUUUGUGCAUGUAUGUGUAUAUAUGUGUCUAGCUAGCUACUGGGAGGGUGGGGGUAUAUAAAGUAGCUGGCUAUAUAAGUAUAUACACACACUCCAGCAAGGGACAUACAAGGCAGUAAGAAGAGGAUCUUUAAAUACAGUAAGAGAAAGACAAAGGAAAGUGUAGGUUUUUUACUUAGGAGGGAAGGAGAGCUAAUAACUGAAUAUUAAGAAAGUUGAUGUGUUUAUUGCCUAGUUUGCUUCAGUCUUCACCAAAUAGGUUAAUGGUGAACAGAUAAUAUUAAUUAUAUUGGGUAACGACAAGGGGGAAGUAAUGCAAGCCAGAAUAGGAAAAGAACAGGUUAAAGAAUAUUUAGAUAAGCUAGAUGUAUUCAGGUUGGCAUGUUGUAUUCAUUUCAUGGUAUUUAAGGCAUUAGCUGAACCAAUCUCUGAAUGGUUAGUAAUAAUCUUUGAGAAUUCCUAGAGGCCAGGGAAGGUCCCAGAGGACUGGAGAAGGGCAAACCUAAUACCUAUGUUUUAAAAAAAGACUUGGAGAAUUAUAAACCAAUCAAUCUAACUUAAAUACCUGGAAAGAUACUAGAACAAACUUAUUAAGCAAUCAAUUCGUAAGCAUGUGGCGGAUAAUAGGGUUAUAAGGACUAGCCAGCAUGGAUUUGUCAAGAACAAAUCAUGUCAAAACAACUUCACUUUUUUCUUUGACAGGGCUACUGGCCCAGUGGAUAGGGAGGAAGCUAUAGAUGUUAUAUAUCUUCAUUUUAGUUCCACCUGACAUUCUGAUAAGCAAACUAGGGAAAUGUGGUCUAGAUGAGAUUAUUAUAAAAUGGAGUGCAUAAAUGAGUACAGUCUUGCAACCAAAGAAUAGUUAUCCAUGGUUUGCUGUCAAGAUGGGAAGGUGUGUCUAAGGGGGUCCCAUGGGGGUCAGAACUGAGUCCACUGCUAUUGAAUAUUUUCAUUAAUGACUUGGAUAAUUGAGUGGAGAGUAGGCUUGUAAAACUGGCAGAUGACCCCAUGCUGGGAGGGGUUGCAAGCACUCUGGAGGACAGGAUUAGAAUUUAAAACAACCUUGACUAAUUGCAGAAUUCUCCAAGAUGAAAUACGAGUAAGACAAAUGUAAAGUACUUCGCUUACAAAGGAAAAAUCAAAUGCACCACUACAACAUGGGGAAAAACUGGCUAGGUGGUAUUACUGAUGAAAAGGAACUGAAGGUAACAGUGAAUCACAAAUUGAAUAUGAGUCGUCAAUACGAUGCAGCUGUGGAAAAAGGCAAAUAUUCUGGGAUGUAUCAACAAGAGUCGUAUGCAAGUCAUGGGAGAUAAUUGUCCUGCUUUGCUCAGCACUGAUUUGGGUGCAGUUUGUCAUCUCCUUCCUCUUCCCCUAACUGGCUCCACCAGGCAUCAUGAGGUUUCUUAGUGACUUUCUCACACCUUUUGAUGCCUCCAAAGAAGAAAUGCAUCCGCCAGGCCCGCAAGGCACAACUGCGGUUCCUUGAAACUCCAAGAGAGGGACCUACACAUCACUAUGGAUCUCCACUGCCUUUGGCUGAGAACCCAAGACAUGUUUCUACCAAACCUCUAGACCAGAAUGCCUCCAUCUCAUGGGUGUCUCCACAGUUUGAAAGCACCGUGUCAACAGGCUUCAAGAGAUGUCAGAAGCAGCGCCAUGUUGCCCACAGCUUCCAGAGCCGGGAUGAUAGUCGUGGUUUCCUCCAUGUGGGAGGAGUGUGUCGGAAACAAACAGUCUGCAAAUUUCCUCCUUUAAUGUUUGAGGCUCCACAGGCACACCCCUAUGCUGGAGCAACAGGGUACUCAGACUCUUGUGGUAAUCCAGGGAAUUGUGCAAAGACAUGCCAUAUCCAGCCAAAGAGGGGCACUGCAGCAAAGCCCAGUACCUCAAUGGGCAAGCCUAAGAGCUGUAGAAAAGGGGCCUCUCAGUUUCCUAACCAGGAUGCUGAGCCAGAUGUCUUCAGUCCACCAGAUCUACGGACUCCAGAGCUUCCCUCUGUGAGAAGCUAUGGAUGCUGUGGUACUCUGCCACAGAUGAACACCCUCUCUCCGAAUCCACAUAGUGGCCUUGAUCUCUGUGCUGAUACCACUGAGAGCCUUGAACCAACAUCUGUACUGGUCAAGGAUACCCCAGAGCAUGAGUACGGAGUGAAGGUAACCUGGAGAAAACGGUCUCACCUGAUGAGAUACCUGAGGGAGAAGGGGAUGCUGAGCCCAAGUGACAUCCUAGUGAAGACUGUAAGGGCUGAUCCCAGUCAGUGCUCAUCCCUUUGGAAAAAGGACACGCUGCCUUUGACUUGAUGGGCACAAUAACUGAAAUCCCUCUUUGCUGGCUCCAAAAGCAACGGGCAUUGCUGAGCCUAGUUGGGAGAUCAGUGACAGGAUAAAGAGAAGAACCAGGACUUAUACUGUAGGCUAAGACUGCUUGGUGCUGCAGAGAGAUGCUUCCCCCCGGAGUGCUGUCUAGCCUGGCGGAAGAUCAGUCAGUACUGGAUAGUGAUGGGUGGGGGCGUGGCUGAGAGGUUCCUAUUCUCCAAGAGACUUUCUAUACUGAUCCCCGGACGUAUCCUUCCCAGUUGGCCCGCUCUCCCCAUAUCUCGUCUUGGGUUUACAGCCCCUCCCCACUGCCGCCUGGGCCCUGCUCUCUUUGUAGGGGUGGGAUGCGCUUUUCGCAGACUGCUCCAGCUGCCCACGCUGGGGUCUCUGUGUCCAGCCUGUUUCCCCUCCACGCACGGCCAUUGAGCUACCUCCGCAGCCCCGCCUCGUCGGAGCCUCCGCUGCACAGUUGCCGCCGGGGUGCCCGGCACGAACAAGAGGGGGUGAUCCCACGGCCACCUUGCAAUAGGCAUGUGUGGGUUCUGCCCCACCCCUUCCAAGCACCAGCCAAUGAAUGCUCCAAGUCCUCAGUGCCGGGUGCGGUUGCUAAGGGCAGCGGCGGCGACCGGGGCUAAGCGCGAGUGGCCAGGAUCCCAUGGCAACGGCGGGGGUGAGGAUGGAGAGCGCGGGGGACCGGGCCAGGCCCUGCGGGGGCAGGUGAGACCCAGGGAGGGAGGUGCACAGGCGGAGUGGCUCAGGGGUCACCAGGGACCGGGGAUCCGCCCUGCAGCUCCCGGGCCGACGGGGUUUCGUUGGUACUGAGUGAGGCGCCCCGGGCUCAUCCGUCGUAGAUGCCGCUGACGGUCCCGGCCAGCAGCACCUGGAUAUGACCUCCCCCACUACCAGACGCUACAAUCGCAACCCUGUUAAAUGUUUCCUUCCCCCCCCUUGCUUGUGUGGAAAACGUACCCAGUCAGGCUGGGCAAUGGCGUCUCCCAGCGGGCAGGGCACCAAAUAAACUCAUUGCACACGGGAAUGGCUUGGCUUGGUUUAGUUCAUUACAGGAUUUUAAUCUCGGGAGUUAAUUGCAGCCCUAGGAGAUAAAACGAUAGACUGAUGUCUUGAAGUUGA